AUGAGCUCUGUUGUGGAAAGCGCAUCUGUACACCUACUGUGCUUUGAGAGAAAUGGUUCUUGCUACAGAACUCUACACCCCUUUGGAAUCCAGUUGGCAAUCUACUUAAUCUGUGCCAUGGGGAUGCUUCUCAUAGUACUAGGGAACCUGCUGGUGGUGGUUUCUGUCUCCCACUUCAAAACACUUCACACACCCACUAAUUUCUUACUACUUUCCCUUGCCCUGGCAGAUCUCCUGCUAGGCUUAACAGUGCUGCCUUUCAGCACUAUCCGUUCAGUGGAGGGCUGCUGGUAUUUUGGGGAUGACUUUUGCAUGUUACAUACCUUUCUGGACACACUUUUUUGCCUGACCUCAAUAUUCCACCUCUGCUUUAUAUCCAUUGACCGCCACUGUGCCAUUUGUGAUCCAUUGCUCUACUCCACCAAGUUCACCAUCCGGGUUGCUUGCAUCUAUAUAGCAAUAGGCUGGGGUGUGCCUGUGGUUUAUACUUCUGUAUUUCUUUAUACCAAAGCAAUUGAGGAAGGAUUAGCACAGUUCUUGCAAGACAUGCCUUGUGUUGGUAGCUGCCAACUGCUCUUCAAUAAACUCUGGGGAUGGAUAAACUUUCCCCUCUUCUUCUUCCCAUGUCUCAUAAUGAUAGGGUUGUAUGUCAAGAUAUUUGUUGUGGCAACCAGACAAGCUAGACAGAUAGACAACAUGAAUAACCAGUUAGGAGCAACAAAGAGGGAAAGGAAGGCUGCUAAAACACUUGGGAUAGCUGUAGGAAUCUAUCUCCUGUGCUGGUUGCCUUUUACAAUAGACACCAUGGUGGACAGCCUCGUAAAUUUUAUUACCCCUCCUGUUGUGUUUGAUGUUCUUAUUUGGUUUGCUUAUUUUAAUUCUGCCUGCAACCCCUUGAUUUAUGUGUUUUCCUACCGAUGGUUCAGGAAAGCUGUAAAACUGGUCUUAACUUGUCAGAUCUUUUGUACAAGGACAUCUACCAUUGACCUAUUCCAUGAAUGA